UCUGGUAUGGUCCGUUACGGAAGCGUCUUCAAUGUCACGUUUGUUGAAUGAGAAACUGCUCAAUGUCUGACUGUGUAUUUGCUUAUUGACCCACAAAACAUGUUUAAAUUAAAUUGUAUAUUACUCAGUUCUGUGAGUAACGUGUGUCGACAGCUGGCCGCCUCCCGAAGUGCAAAUGGAAGCCCUCUAUGCGGAAGGAGCGGCCUGCAGCGAACACUGUGCAGCACCGCUGUCACACAUCAGCAGGACACAGCGUCCUCCACUAACUCUGGGGAAACAGCCCAAAACUUCAGCCAUUUCCCUCCACUGCCUGGUCAGGACAGUGCACUGAGGUGGGCUGGAAAGAAGUUUGAGGAGUUACCAAUCAUCCACGUUAAAGCCACGUACAACAACACGCACAUCCAGCUGACGGACAGCGCGGGACAGUCCCUGGUCAGGACGUCCUGCGGAACAGAAGGAUUCAAGAACAGCAGGAAGUCGACGCCCAUCGCUGCUCAGACUGCAGGCAUGGCAGCUGCAAAGAAAGCCGUGGAGAAGGGAGUUGCGUUUGUUCGCGUCAUGGUCAAAGGUCUUGGUCCCGGACGUCUGGCUUCGAUCAAAGGCUUGACCAUGGGAGGCCUGGAAGUGGUAUCGAUCACAGACAACACCCCCGUGCCGCACAAUGGAUGCCGCCCGCGCAAAGCCAGAAGGACGUGAUCUCCCUGAAAACCAGGACUCAGCCGAAAGGAUGCUGUUUGUGUUGCAGUUAUGCUAAUAAAAAGUGUUUGCUUGCGUAA